AUGAAUUUUGCCAAUUUUAGUCCUAAUUUCAAAUGUUUUAUCCUUCUCAAUCAAUAUAUCACUGUUGACUACGUGAACAAUAGCUUCUUCAUCUUUGACGAGCAAGAUAUACUGCGUCUUCGAAACGACUGGAGAAUAAUUGCACAAACAGGUUCGAGUGCACAAGAUCAAUUGCCUUAUUUUCUGUCUCCGGAGCAAGUGGCAGUUCUUGUUCUCUAUGGAGCUGCUCGUGUACGAGUGUCAGUGAAGAAUGCCCUGAGGUUGCAGCAGAACGCGGUUCUUGAGAAGGAAUUCAAUUCGGGCGUUAAUAACGAUGAAGAGUGCUCUUCAGAGAGGAACGAUGAUAUGAUGUCCAAAAAUGAUUCAAGGUUCAUUGCAUUCAAGAAAAUUGAUCCAAACGAGGAGCAACACUGCUGGCUAAACGAAUUCGAGGUACCAAUGCCAUGCACCCGUGAUCACCGUGCUAGAAAUAUUGUGUUCCACGACUUGUGGCGUAAAGGAUAUUACCUAACUAGCGGAGAGCAGUAUGGUUGUGCAUAUCUAGUCUAUGAAGGUAUCCCUGGAGAAGUACAUGCGAAAUACUUGCUCGAUUUUGUGAUGGACGACGAGGAAGCAUCAAUGAUCAACAUUAUUUCUUUGGUUCGAGUCGCAACACAGGUGAAAAAGGAGCUUCUACUGGCGGUGGUCGCAUCUGACAGUAGUCAUCCUCACUACAUCAGUUUCAACAGAUUCAGACCUUAUUCGAAAGAGUAUGAGUAA